AUGGACGCAUUUGUCGACACAAAUAAAAAAAUAAUUCAGGAAGCUAAAACGAAAGUGACAGAAUUGAAUAUAAAUUUGGAGGUUAUGAAAAACUUGAAACUAGAGUUGGAAACAAAUAAAGAUUCGACCGCACAGGAGAUAAUGAAUCAGUUGGACACUUACCUCAAAGCUAUGUGGGAAGCGGGCCAGCAAUUGGUGGAGGCCUCAAAUUUGAACUUCGACCGCAGUAUCUCUAGUUUGUCGUCUGCAAUAAACUAUGGAACGGAAAUUCGGGAAAAAUUGGACGAAAUGUCGUCUUUAAGUGACGAUUUAUACCAGAGUGGCGACAGCUCGUCCCGUUUUUUCCUUGCACGACAGUGCAUUGGCCGAUUGAAGAAUUUGUUGAAAACUUCGGAUGUCAGAAUCCCAGCAGACGACAUGAUCAGUGCAAAGUUCGUUGCAAAUGAUGAGUCUCUCAGAAACGUUUCAGGGGAACUAAUUGGGUCAGUUAACACUGUUGAAAUUCGGUUUCCUGAAAAUUUUGACAGUUUGGUAGUUGAAGUUCCCAUUGAAACCACCACGGCACAUGAAAUCGCGGUGUCCCCAGUUACUGAUUUGGGAAGUGCAGAAACACGUACGGAAUGUGCCCAGAAGACUGUAAAGUCAGUUGCGCCACUCACAGAAAUACAAAUAGAGCACGAAAAUGAUAUUGCAGUGACUUCUGGUGAGCAUAUUUCUCCAGCUUCGUCAUUGUCCAUAAAAACGAAAGAACAUGUCUCCAGCGUCGCUGCUAUGGCAGGUGACUGUGAAAUUACUACAGACACUGGGGGAGCCAUUCAACCAGACGCCCGACAAGAACCGGAGCCAAUUGAAAACCCGGAGUCAGUUGUAAGUGAAAAGGUUAAGAGAGAAGUUAAGAGACAAGUCGGCGUUCAAGUUGAAGGAAUUCGACGUGUAGAACACGUACAGACUGGGCGACUCGGAAGCAACGGUACGAAAAAGCUAAGUACGCACGCAAAAUUGACAAAAACGACACGAGAGACGCAUGAGCAGGCAGAAGAUUUCAACUUUUAUGUUCCAAGCGCCAGAGAUCGGAAUAGCAUGGUUCAACAGAGCGUGCGAGAGGAGAUGGACCUUGGCGCAAGCAGCGGAGUGGAAUUUCAAGAACCUCAUGGUAUCGCCAUAGCAACAAACGGAUACGUUGCCAUAGCAGACACGGGCCGAUGUGAGGUUAAACUUUUCAACAGGAAAAACAAUCUUGUUCGAAGUUUCAAGAUUAAACGAAAUAUAUUUUCUUCGAGCAAAUGUUGCCCGUUUGAUGUGUCGUUCAUCGGGGUUGAUAAGUUGGUUGUUACUGACAGUGAAAAUGAUGCUGUAUACAUCUGUAAUCUUCAUGGCAAAAUAUCGAAACAAAUCAACGACGAAAAAUUAAAGAAACCGAGAGGAGUUGUAGUUGACGCGCAAGGGAGAAUUCUGGUGGUUGAUGGAGGAAACCGUCUCUUGAGAGCUUACAACAGCAUUACAGGUGACGAAAUUCCAGAGUUCGGCUUGAACGCACGCGCAGAUACAGAUGGUGCUUAUUUGCAAGAGCCCUGGUUUAUAUCCGUAGAUGGCGCUAACAACGUUUACGUAACAGACAGCAGCACUUCGGGUAUUCAAAUCUACGACCAAAACGGACAUUUUAUCCGCCGCGCUUACGUAAAACGAAGCGUGUACUCCGAAGAAAAUAUCAGCCCCAGAGGAAUUUUUGUUGAUAAGCAGGGGAAUAUCUGCAUCACGCGAUACGACUCGGGUCGGGUUUAUGUAUUCAAUUCGGACAGGCGGUAUCUUUUUGAAUUUGGUGAAAGUUGGCAGAAUUAUUAUUCGUUAGUCGUUAAUACGGAGGGUUCAUGGUCGGCUUAUAUUACCGAUAAGGCUGGCAGCUCUGUGUAUGUAUUUCAGAAUGCUGACGAAAAAAGUUAA